UGUUCGAGCGCAACGAUGAGCGCGAUGGACACUUCGCACGCCGGCGCUGGCGAGGGCUCUGCCGCGCCUCAUGGCUUGCCUGUGCCGUCGCACACAUCACCAGCGGAAGGGUCUUCCUCGGCUUCGCACGCUGGCACAAUGCACGGCAUCGAGCUAUCAGAGGUGUAUCUGAUGAUUGCACGAUUCCUCAAGACUGGACCGUGCUCGGAAGCCGCGGACGUACUCACAAGGCAGAUGGAGCGCACGCCAGGGCUGAUCGCUAGCCGCCACGACUGGACGGGCGCCGCACAUCCACGCUCGUUUUCAGAAGCAGAGCAGGAGGAGGAGGUCGCCCCAGACCAUCUUGUAAGAUUGCUGUCACAACUCGUUAACACAACCAAUGCGGCCAUCCCGCCGCCGGCACCUGGGCUGAACACUCUCCUGGGGCGAGGAGCUUCUUCCAUGUUUCGAAAGCCAUCCGCCUCAGGCCUGUCCAGCGCUGCGAGGCUGCAAGUGCCUGGAGAGCUUGCCGCCUUUCAUCGCGCACAUCAUCGCACAUCCUCCUUCUUGCAAGGCGACUUGCUGCGUGGUCUGCAAACGCAGGGUGUCGGUAGCCCAUUCUCCAGCUGCCGUCCAACCAUCGCGGGUUCGCUCAACCGGAUGAAGCUGCGUGCGGCCAUUGUCGGCCAUCUGGCGCCAGUGUUUUGCGUUGCAUUCGACGUGACAGGCGAGCGCUUCAUCACAGGCAGCGACGAUAAGCUGAUUAAAAUCUGGUCGACCAAAGCGUGUCUUUUGGUCAACACCCUGCGCGGCCACACGGGUUUUGUGGUCGAUCUCAACGUCAGCAGCGACAACAAAAUGCUUGCCAGUGCUGCGCAAGACAGAAAUGUCCGCGUUUGGUGUCUGGAAACUGGCGCGCUACUUCUCAACCUGAAUGUGAAUGGCAAAGCGGCGACCUCAGUCGCGUUCAGUCCCGCUUGCCACCUCGAGUCCAGGCUUUUGAUGGCUUCCUGGUCUGACGGCACGGUUCGAUUUUGGGCACUUUCGGUCACCGAACGUGAUAACACUGCCGUAUCUAUGGUCGCGACAAGCAGCGCUGCGGCUUCUUCAGCAGCCUUGGCGAGUGCACCCAUGCCAGAGUCUCCAGUGACUGUUCGAAGGCGAGGUCGACCUCCUCUCAGCUCUCGCCUGUCGGCUGCCCCUCCACCAACAGCUGGCAACGCAACGCUUUUCUCGCAAUUCGAAGGUGCAGCAGCAGCAGCAGCACCAGCCGAAGAAAGCGUCUCCGCUGCAGCUGCAAUUCCCAACCCGAAUCAGCAUGAACCAUCCAUCCUCCCAGCAGACCCGCAGCAGCAGCAGCAGCAACAGCUGCAGCUACAACUGCAACAACACCAGCAACAAGUGCAACAACAGCUGCAACAGCAACAACAGCCACUCGCCGCAUCGUGCGACUCGCCGAUUGAGGUGACAGUGCGGGAGACUGCCCUGUUGGAGACUCGCACGUCCAUUCGAGACAGCGUGAAUUGCUCUGCAUUUUCGCCGGGCGGGGCUUUUCUGGUCGCGGUGGGCAGUGACUGCAUUGUGCGUGUGAUUGAGUGCGUUCCGGUUUUGCGGAUGCUCGAAUUUCCGGACGUCCACACGUCUCCGAUCACCAGCUGUGUUUGGUCGCCCAGCGCGCUUCGGUUUAUCACAACUGGCAAGGCAGGCCAAGCUUUUGUGUGGACUCGUUCCAAGGACUCGUGGGUUCCUCGUGCGCUCGAUAUGACACACGCAGUCGUCCCUGCAUUUACGUGCGGACUGGACACUCUGUCAGGGACGCUUGACGCGCACGCAGCCCCGUCGUCGUCGUCGUCCGCAGUGACAGUGGUCGAUGAGGAUGAAAUCGUUCAUGUGCACGACGACGGCGAGCCCGCAGCUGAGAGCAGUGCGGUGAAUGCCAAUCCUAACGCCAGCCAGCCGCCGCCAAUCCAUCUUGAAAGCGAAGAUAGUGAGGAUGAGGGCGAACGACGAAUGGAGAAGGCCCGAUCUCGCGCUCGACGCCUCCUGAAGGAAGCCAACUCCUUUCCCCACUCUCAGACGCCGCCCUAUGAUGCCAGCGUUCGUGAGGUGUUGAUGGCUUGCUUCACGUGUGACAACAUGCUCCUUGUCACUGCCGAGUCGGAAUCCAGAAGUCCUCCCGUGCUGUUAAAAGUAUGGGAUGCUCUCACCGGCGAGUUGCUGUGUGUGCUACGAGGCCACACUGAGAGCGUCAUGUGCCUGGAGGCCCACCCCACACAUCCGCGUGUCUUCCUCAGCUCCAGCCACGACGGACAUCUCAUUCUCUGGGAUUUGCAGAAGGGACUACCGAUGCGAGUCUUUUCCAACGUCGUCGAUAAUGGCGUCCGUGCCUCUGAAUUUUUUGAUGCUCGCUUCUCGCCAGACGGCACAACCGUUGUCGUUUGUGAUGGGUAUGGCCGCGUGUCAAUCUUUGGGACAGAUCCUGUGGCGGAUCCUGAGCGGGUUCCUUCAGAGCAGUUUUUCAGCAACGACUACGGCGCGCUCGUCCGAAACGAGGCCGGGGCGUACGUGGACGAGCUGACGCUUCUGCCACCACACCGUUGCGCACGGACGGGGCUGCUCACCAACAUGCAGAAUGGACCGCAUCCGCCUGCCAUGCAGGCAGACCCGAGUUAUCGCGACAUUAUCGUUCCUGUGCUUGAUCCAGUGGCAUUAGCUCGCGCAGUCCAAGACUGUCGUGCCAUGCUCAAUCACGAGCUCGAAAUGGCUCGCCAGCCACUCACCCGUGUUGCUUCCACCAUGGCAGACCGCGCUGCGUCGCCAGCCACAUUCACCAACUCGCCGGUUCGGCGCGACAAUCAGCCAAAGCGACCCCGUGCUCGCCCUCCAGCAGCUUCUGCACGGAGCACUGCGGCCGAAACCAUCCAUGCGCCUGACGAUGGCCUUUCUGAAUCGUCCCAGUCUGACGCUGGCGAUCAGGACGACGACGACGACGACGAGUUGGACGGGACCUAUGACGUCUCGCCAGCCGAGCAAAGACGAGCAGAGCGACACGAGCGUCGGCGCUUGCGACGACUUGCUGGCAUCGCCCACGCUACCGCCGCUUCUGGAAGUCGCUCGACGCGUCGAGCGGCCCGAGGCGACGGCGAUGACGGUGGACGUUCAUCGCGUGGUCGCUCGCGGUCGAGUCGUGGAAAUGGCUUUGUGGCGAGUGACGACGAGGAGGACGAAGCGAGCGACUCGGAGGACGAGGAAGACGAGGAGGCAAAUCCGUCCUUUGACGACAGUUCGAGCGACUCGGAGAUUGACCUGUCCGACAGCAGCGAGUCCAGCGAAGCCGAAGCGUCAUCAUCAAAACCCUCUCAUUCCAAGGCCAGUGCGGCAGCGCCGCGCAAACAGCAGGCACCAGGCAAAGCUGCUGCCAGCCUUGUCGGGUAUGCCCAUCCUUCUCGCAUCUGGCGCGAGCCCAAGGCGUACAAUGGGCUGUGGAAGCAAGUGCAAGCCAUCGCCUCAGCGCCCAAGUUUAACGUCCAGCAGUACUUGCCCGGUCCGUGGCUCACUCAGACCCAGCCGAGCUUGUCGCCCUAUGUCCCGCAGCUGGACGACGAGCUCGUGUAUCUCCGCGCAGGGCACGAAGAGUAUGUGCGCGAAGGCUCCAAGUUCCACACUCCCGGCACGACAAACAUCAACCCGUGGCAGCGCUAUCCCGGCUUGACUGGCGCAGUCUUUUGCCGAGUGCUGAGUGUCGAGUACUUGGUUGGCCCUCCGGCAGUGUGCCACUUGAAGCUUGGUGUGUACGAAAACCAGAGCUGGUCGUUCGCCCAACAGCUCGAGUACCUGAACGCCUUCUACCGGCUUCGCCAGUUUGGCGACUUGUCCAUUUCCGCUCACGUGGCCGACGGGCCUGCGACGCUUCGCGCCAAGCAGGCUCUUCGCGGCGCCUCGCCUCUGGACGACCGAGGCAUGGCUUUGGUCGGCCUGGAAGCGCUCGAUUCUCGCGGUUUCGCGCCCUAUUUGCAUCGCGCCGAGACCAAAUUCCAGAUUUCGUUUGCCUUCCGCUAUGCAGAUCUCGAUGAAGUCGCCGAUUUUCUCGUGCUGCGGUCGCGCUUUUUGCAAAGCGUGGCCAACCUCCCGCCGGUCGGCGGCCAGGUUGUCUGUUCGUACGGCGAGGAAUGGUUUUCGGGCUCGGUUUCUGAUAUCGAUCCCAAUGCCCUGCCCGUGAGCGGCGGUGCUGGCCCUGGAUUCAAUCCAUGGAACGGGCUCUCAAUCAGGUUUGACAACUCGGACGAGCCGGACACGCUGUCGCCGUGGGAUUUGUAUCCUGCAGAUCCUACUGCCAUCCACGAAAACCCGCUCGACCCCUCCGGGCGGACUGUAAUGGUGGAUCAGCGAGUGUGGCAGUGGCCAGAGGCGAUUUGCCAGCUGGAGGUGCAACGGAUUGUGGCGGGUCUGAACCUCGUUUGCUUCUUUGACUGGGUUGAGCCGUUCGUGGAGGCUGUGGAUUGGAAUCUCUAUCCCGACUACUACGUGAUGAUCCAGUACCCCAUGUACCUGUCUCUCAUUCGCAAACGCCUGAUUUCGGGCUGGUACCGCAGCAAGGAUGCGCUCAUCUGGGAUGUGCAAAUGCUCAUGAUCAACGCCACGACCUACAAUCCCGACAAGUCUCUGCUCUUCAAGUACGCCACCGUGCUGUUUGCCGGCUUGGUGGAAUUCAUUGUCACGCCUGGGCUGGGCGUUCCCAACCUGGCGGUCGAGAUGGAUUUUGACCGAGCGGCAGCGAACGCUGGGCCAUUGGUGGUGUCGUUGGGCAAAAUACGACCUGAAUUGAACUACCAACGCAAGCCUAAAGGUCCGGCCGCCAGUGCCGCCAAGUCCAAGCCUCCGGCUCGGUCGGCUCGGCGCCCUGUCGACAGCGACGACGACGACGACGACGACGACGACGAAGAUGUCUCGGUUGAUGAUGAUUCUGAUUCUGAUGACAGCACUGCACGCCGCUCCAAGUCAAAGGCUAGGUCUGGAUCUCAUGGCAAGGCAUCUUCUUCAGCUGGCAAGGCCAGCAAGAAGAGCAAGGGCGCCGUAGUCCCGAAACGAGGGCGAGGAAGGCCCCCCAAGCCCAAGUACACGUAUUCCGAUGACGACGAAGAGGAGGAAGCGGCAGGCGACGACGACGAAGAUGACGAAGAUGGCGACAUGGCAGGCAUGGACGAUGGCGAUACUUACGAUGGAUUUGCCGAGGACGACAACGACGAAGCCGAAAGCGGUGGUGGUGCUGCGGCUACUGCUGCGUCUUCUGCGUCUUCGAGCGCACGUCGCAAGCGUCCUGCUGUUGCGUCCUCCGAUGACGACGACAGCGAGUUUGACGGCGAUGAAGACUCUCAUCCGAACAAGCGUUUGCGCGUUGCGGAUUGAAGCAAGUUCCAACAACGACGUUGAACUGAUUGAUUUCUUUUGCGGGUUGUUUUCGAAAAGGACGACCGCCACAUUGCAAUACAUUUUUUAUUAUUCACCA